AUGCCCAAUAAAUCCAAAGCAUCACGACCACCAUCAAAAAAAUACCAAUCACUUCUUGUCGUAAUUGAAAAAUUAUAUUUAGCUAUGGAUGAACUUGGAUUUUCACCUACGAAUGGUAGAGUUUUACUUGAACUAUCAUAUCGUGUUAUGCCAUUUGAUCGAUUUGUUGCUGCUAUUGAUCAAAAUAUUCUUACAUUAACAGAAGAAUUUGUUUCACGAGUUAUUCUUGAAUUAGAUGAUGAUCCGAAAUCAUAUGCAAUGAAAGAACAACUUAUUUUUAUGUUACCAAAUAUUAAUUCGGAGUUACAUUCACGCUUAUUUGGUUUAAUAAAAAAUGAUCGUGCUAAACGAAUGACUGCGCAAUUACUCAUCACUCGUAGUUUUUCGACAGAUAAUAGAAGUAAAAGUACAACAUCGUACGCUAAUGCAACGUCACAUGAAAUUCAAGUUGAUGAAAUGAUGGAUAUUAAUAGCAAUCAAAAUGGUACUAAUACUCAUAGUAGACUUGUCGAACAAGCUGUAGUCACCUUUUUUCGUGAUUGUAAUCAACGAGGAAUAUUGGACGAAGAUGAAAUGAGUCUAGUUAAAACUGGACUCUUUUCUUUGGCUUCAUCAGCACCAUAA